AUGUUACUGUUGGCUCUUUCACUUUCCAUAAUUGGACUCAACUGCGUCGCAGUUUGCCUAACCACAGAUGUCACAUCGAAGUUAAUUACGGAAAUUAUCGACCAGUACUUCGUCUUUCGCCAGGUUCCCCUUUCCAUCGUGAGCGAAAAGGAUUCAAUCCAUUUGGAACUAGUCGACCAGAUCCUUGGUAAUCUACAAACCCCAAGGGUAGUCCAGCUAGGCUCAACGAACGCAGAAUACAGCACGUGGUUCUACUCCAUGUUCCUCUUCACCAGUUACGAAAGCUUUGUCGAACAUGCCAACCUACUGAGCUCGGAACAAUACGAUCUCUUUGGAUUCUACACGUUCUUCUUCAACGAAGUCACCGAAGUUCAGAUUCGCAAUGCCUUCGACGCUAUUUGGAAAAGUAAACUCCUUCGCGCCCUGAUCAUCGUGUUCAACGAUGAUCGUCCACAGCUAUACAACUACUUUCCCUACAACAGCCACUCAUGCAGCAAACCCACAAUCCGGCAUAUCCAGCAACCGAAGUCGUCAGAGUUAUUCCUACGGCAGUUGAACAACUUCUACGGUUGUCCAAUAAUCCUAGGAACCUUCGAGACCCCGCCGUUUGUCUAUUUCCAAGGCAACACAACAAAUGGCUUUGAAGGUGAUCUCGCUUCAACGCUAUCUCAAAAGUUGAACUUCCAAUUGGUCGUAGUAACCCCUCCGGACAACGCCCAGUGGGGUGAUCCUCGCCCGAACGGAAGCACUGGAUUGAUGAAACUCCUCCAGGAAGAAACUGCGCAGUUUGGCGUCGGCUGCCUAGGCAUCAUGCCCCAAAGAAACGAAAUCCUGCAACCCGGUAGACCCCACUACAACUCCCGAGUGCUGUUCGCCGUACCCGAGGGUCGUCCGCUGAACUCCUUCGAAAAACUGUUUCAACCUUUCGAUCGAACCGUCUGGGCUGCAGAAGGAAUACUCAUCUGCAUCACCAUCACCGUCGUCCUUACGUUGAAGUUCGCUCCCAACGCCGCACGGGACUUCGUCUACGGUCCAGACAACCCAACGCCGUUUCUGAAUGCGAUCAACAUCUUCUACACCGGAGCUCUGCACCGCGUCCCCAGACGUAACUUUGCCCGAACUCUGCUGAUCCUCUGGAUCGUCCAUUGCUUCGUAAUGCGGACCGUCUACCAAGGUCUUCUCUUCAAGUACCUCCAAGAGGAGUCCAACCACAAGCCCAUCGACAUCAUAGACGACAUCGAGCGGUCGCAGCUGCACUACCACAUGAACAAGAACGCCGAACGCUUCUUCGCCCACAAUCCGAGCCUGUUGAGUCGCGUUCGCUUGAUACCGCCAGGAAACGACAGUGUGAGCCUGGCAUUGGACGCCGUAUCGAGUCGAAGGGUUCGGGACGCCGUGGUCGUCUGCACCCUGGAGCACAUUGCGUACCACAACAAACACCGCUUGAAACAGGGGUUCCUCCGAAGUUCCCGAGACAGUCUCAGCUCGUACCCGAUGGUCAUCUACUACCCGAAGCGCACGUUCCUCGUCCGGGUCCUGGAUCGAGUGAUCGGACAGAUCGAAACCGCCGGGCUGAUGGACUUCUGGGUCCGCCGGUACGGAAACUACAACUUUUUCCCGAAAAGGGUUGAAGUCACGCAACCGACGGCCCUCAAGGUCGACCAGCUGAUGGGAUGCUUCGAGUGCAUCUGCGUCCAGUGGGUCGUCAGCUGUGGAGUGUUUGGACUGGAACUGUUGUCUCGUUGGCUGUCCGGGCUUAGAAGAUUUCUGGAGUUUCUCGCACACAAGUAG